UAGUACUCUACGUCGUACAACACGAUGGGUACAAAAUUAAUUUUUUCCAUUUUGUUUAUGUUAUUUGCUAAAAAUAUGCCACGCGAUAUUGCAACACGCGGAGACCUGAUCAUUCAGAAGCAGUUGCCUCGUGAGCCGAUCGUUAAGUCCGAAAAACAAGGACACCAAGAAGACUCGUGGAAGGAUGUCAUCAAAAACAUUUACUCGGAAGUAGUCCAACGAUUGGCCGCACACCGUAUGUAUUGUAAUUUCCACUUGGUCAAAAUGUACGGUGGCGAAUGUUCGGAAUCGAUCGAGCAGCCCGGUUUCGAAGCGACCAUCAAGCUAAUGGAGAUCUCCGACACCAGAGUCGGUUAUCUGCUGCGGUUGUUCUACAACUACUCGCUGGACGUCAAAGAGAUAUUUGUCGACUACUGGCUGUUCGCCGAUCUCGGGUAUCUCUGGCAGUUGUACGCUGGCAGCAGUGUACAAAACGUGGGCAAGGUGUCCGAACUUUUCUCCAAAGCUUUGGGCAACAAAUUUCUCCCGGAGAGAGUACCGCACAUGUCCGUCGACGAGGUCCGAGGCGUUAUACAGCAAACGAGAGACGACCUAAACGACAUUUUGGACCGCCUGCAAAUGUAUAUGGGCGAAACCAGGUGGUUUACCAUGGACAAUUUUUCGCUGAGACCGUUGAUGCAAUCGGACCUACUGAUGGAUUUGCGCGAUACGAUAUUUCCCGAUUUGGACGUUCCUCUAGAUCGGUGCUACGACGAGAUUGUCAGAAAACCGUUUGACGUCGACGCUCUUUGGCAAUACCGGUCGUUCGCCUUGCGCAGGCUAGACGCAAUCGUGACCGAAGAGUUUGCAUACUUGGUAGCUGCUUACGGCCAGCUGUUGUUGUACGAAGAACGUUUGUACCAAGCCAACGAGGAAACCACCAGAGACGCUCUGAUUUAUUCCACCGACACGAUCGUGUCGUAUGUAUACAUCAUGGAGAGGCUUUUCGUUGGACAAAUCCAGGUUUUGUGGUCCACAGCAAAGUGGCAAGCGUAUCAGUACAGUUGUCAAAGCGAAUUCGAUUAUGACCCUAAUGAAUUAACGGACAGCCCGGCCGUCACCAUUGCCAAGAAGUGUAAGCAGUUGGGUUUUCGUUUGUCGGAUACCGAAGUCAGCGUGUAUGAAUGGUGGUUCACCGACGCGGAGAAACGCAUAAUAGGCACUUUAGACCCCAAAGCCAACAACAACAUAGAUAAAUACAUGAACGUAUUAUUCUUUAUCCUGAAAAGCACUAGUCGAGUUUCAUAUAAGUUGGUGGCAAUAUGCGAUGCUCUUAAGUUCCCUUAUAACGUCACAUCGUUUACUAUAAAGGAUAAAGGUUUUCAACAUCGGUAUACUAAAAUAACCCUGACCGAAGAUUUCAAACAAAAUUAGUAACACUAAUAUUUAACAGUAAGUAUUCAAAUGCUGUUUUAGUCUGGGAAAAAACAAUUUAAAAAAGUUAUAUUUUUACUAGUAAUAAUAAAACUAUAAAAUAAAAACAUAUCUUGUAACUUUUUUUUUUUCUGACCAAUACUAGCAAAGUAUUCACUACACUGAAAUGUUUU